AUGUCCGCAGAAAUUGGUCUUUGCCCGUCUGCCCCUGAUAUCUUCCGCUACAGGGAGGAUGCUCCUCCAGAUUCGCUACCGUAUUAUGGCAUGACUACCCUUCCUCCGGAGCAUCUCUCAUUUCCAUUUUUACCGGACGAUGCCUGGCUGAAUUUCAAUCAAUUUCCACAGCCUCCAACGCCAGCCUGGACCAGACCUGACCUCGAGCAGCAGCAGCAGCAGCACCAAUCACCUCCCAAAGAAUCCACACGCAAGAAGACUCACAAUCAAUCCGAGUCCAUGUUCACAAACGAGGAACGGGAGAAAGAAAGAGAAAAACGAGAGCAAUUCCUCGCUCGCAAUCGCAUGGCUGCCAGUAAAUGUCGUCAGAAGAAGAAGCAACAUACCAGACAGCUCCAAAGCCGGUAUGAGAAAGUGUCAUUCCAGAAGCAAAUGCUAUUGAUUGAGGUAGAACAGCUGCGGAGCCAGAUGCUGCAGCUGAAGGAUGAGCUCCUGCGUCAUUCGGAGUGUGACGAUGUCUCAAUCAAGAACCAUCUGGACAAGAUGCUGGAUCAGUUGAAAACCCGUGAGGUCGCAAGUGAUAGCCCUGAUCUGAGAAAUAUGCAUACAUUACCCAUAGAUGCCCUGUCAUCAACCUCAACACUGGUGGAUGAUGGUAGCCCGCCGCAGUUCUCGGGCUCUGACAUAAUGACUGCAGAACAAGUACGUCGAGACUCGAAUUUGAGUGUGAUCAGUGAUACCAGUAUUAGCUCUUUGGCUAGUCAUGAUGGGUUUGAUGAUUUGAUUAACUAUGGCUAA